AUGUCAAGAAAGUAUUUUGUGGGUGGGAACUUUAAGUGUAACGGCACAAAAGAAUCACUAGAGACUUUGAUUGAGGCUUUUAAAAAGGUAAAGUCAAGUAAUUCAGAGGUCUAUAUAUUCCCAUCAGCUUUGCAUAUUUCAUUGGUUCAAGAACUUUUUGGUAAUAACCAUGCAGGAGUAUUCAAGGUUGGGUCACAGAACAUCUCAUGUACUGGAAAUGGAGCAUUCACAGGAGAGAUUUCUUGCGAGAUGUUAAAAGAUAUGGGAGUCGAUUGUUCUUUAGUAGGUCAUUCAGAAAGAAGACAGUAUUAUUCAGAGACUGAUCAGGUUGUAAAUACUAAGGUAAAGAGGGGUUUGGAGAAUGGUUUGAAGAUUGUUCUUUGUAUUGGUGAGUCUUUAAGCGAGAGAGAGACGGGAAAGACAAAUGACGUAAUUCAAAAACAGUUAGUGGAGGCUUUAAAAGAUGUUACUGAUUUAUCAAACUUGGUCAUAGCUUACGAACCAAUAUGGGCUAUAGGAACAGGAGUAGUAGCAACACCUGAACAAGCUCAAGAGGCUCAUGCAUUCAUUAGAGAAUAUGUUUCAAAGAUGUACAAUUCCCAGGUAUCUUCCAGCUUAAGGAUAAUCUACGGAGGAUCUGUCACUCCUGAUAAUUGCAAUGAAUUAAUCAAAUGUACUGAUAUUGAUGGGUUCUUAGUUGGAGGAGCUUCAUUGAAGCCAACCUUUGUUAACAUUAUCGACUCUGCACAAUAA